CAAAUGCCAACUUGGGUAGUUGGGUAAGUCUAAAUACAGUAUAAAGGAAUAAUAAAUUGCUAAAAGAACACCAAUUCAACGACCCAUAGAUCUCACUCCACGUCAGGCAACUAUUACUUCCGGCCCCACAAGACUCUUCCUGCUACUCUGCAACGCUGCCUUCGCUUCCCAUGCGUUAUUAAAAACUCACAAGACAUCUGUCGCCGCCUUGUCCCGCCACCGCUCCAUCGGACGGAGUAAAGCGGAGAUGCCGUUGAUUCGCAGGAAAAAGGCGCCGGAGAACUCGAAGCCAGAAGCUUCGAUUUCGAAGCCGAGCAGUGAAGACGACGAGAACAAGAAGAAGAAGAGCAGCAAGCCCUAUGUCCCGAAAGCCAGGGGCGAGGGAAAGAGCAAGUGGUCCUGCAUCGACAAUUGCUGCUGGUUCGUCGGAUACAUCUGCACCGUGUGGUGGAUUUUGUUGUUCCUUUACAAUGCGAUGCCGGCCUCGUUCCCGCAGUAUGUCACGGAGGCGAUCACCGGACCGGCGCCUGAUCCUCCAGGUGUCAAGUUGCACAAGGAAGGAUUGAAGGCUAAGCAUCCGGUCGUUUUUGUUCCAGGAAUUGUAACUGGUGGGCUUGAGCUGUGGGAGGGACACCAGUGCGCAGAGGGCUUGUUUCGGAAACGCCUUUGGGGGGGAACAUUCGGCGAAGUCUAUAAAAGACCUCUAUGUUGGGUGGAACAUAUGUCACUGGACAAUGAAACUGGGCUAGAUCCCUCUGGAAUUAGGGUUAGGCCAGUCACAGGCCUUGUGGCUGCAGAUUACUUUGCUCCAGGGUAUUUUGUUUGGGCAGUUCUGAUUGCUAAUUUGGCUCGAAUAGGAUAUGAGGAGAAGACCAUGUAUAUGGCUGCAUAUGAUUGGAGACUUUCAUUUCAGAACACAGAGGUGAGAGACCAAUCACUGAGCCGUAUAAAAAGUAAUAUUGAGCUGAUGGUUGAAACAAAUGGAGGUAAAAAAGCAGUAAUUGUUCCUCAUUCAAUGGGAGUUCCGUAUUUCUUGCAUUUCAUGAAAUGGGUGGAAGCACCGGCUCCAAUGGGUGGUGGUGGAGGACCGGACUGGUGUGCCAAACACAUUAAAGCUGUAAUGAACAUUGGUGGACCGUUUUUAGGAGUUCCCAAAUCAGUUGCUGGACUUUUCACUUCUGAAGCAAGGGAUAUUGCUGUUGCUAGGGCUUUAGCACCAGGUGUGUUGGAUAAGGACAUAUUCCGUUUCCAAACACUGUUACAUUUAAUGAAGAUGACAAGGACAUGGGAUUCGACCAUGUCUAUGCUACCAAGAGGAGGUGAUACAAUAUGGGGUGGUCUUGACUGGUCUCCUGAGGAUGGCUAUUCUCCUUGCACUAGGAAACAUAAGAACAAUAAUACUACCAAGGAUUCAGGUCACAACGGGAUUCUAAAUGUGGAAUCUAAAGUGAGUGAUGUGACUUAUGGAAGGAUGAUUUCAUUUGGAAUGGAUGCUGCCAAGGCAGAAUCACCAGAGCUAAAGAGGAUUGACUUCAGAGGUGCUGUGAAGGGGAGGAACAUUGCAAAUAACAGCUGUCAGGAUGUUUGGACUGAGUAUCUUGAUAUGGGUAUUGGGGGUAUCAAAGCAGUUGCAGAAUAUAAAGUCUACACUGCAAGUGAUAUUCUUGAUUUAUUCCAAUUUAUCGCGCCAAAAAUGAUGGCCCGUGGUAAUGCCCACUUUUCUUAUGGAAUUGCUGAAAAUUUGGAUGAUCCAGAGUAUACACAUUAUAAAUACUGGUCAAAUCCUCUAGAAACAAGGUUACCAAAUGCUCCUGAGAUGGAGAUCUAUUCAAUGUAUGGUGUUGGCAUCCCAACCGAAAGAGCAUAUGUUUACAGACAGGUCCCAUCAGCAGCUGAGUGCGACAUCCCUUUUCAGAUUGACACUUCAGCAGGUAUCGCCGAUGAAGAAAGCUGCCUGAGGGAUGGUGUUUACACUGUUGACGGUGAUGAGACCGUCCCUGUUUUAAGUUCAGGUUUCAUGUGUGCUAAAGGAUGGCGCGGGAAAACCAGAUUCAAUCCUUCCGGAGUAAAAACUUACAUAAGGGAAUACGAACAUGCCCCCCCUUCCAAUCUUCUAGAAGGCCGUGGAACACAGAGUGGUGCCCAUGUUGAUAUAAUGGGAAACUUUGCUUUAAUUGAGGAUAUUAUGAGGGUUGCUGCAGGUGGUACUGGAGAAGACUUGGGAGGUGAUCAAGUCUACUCACAGAUCUUUAAAUGGUCUGAAAAGAUCAAUUUACCUCUAUAAGAUGGUGAUGAGUGUGCCAUUGUACUGUAACGUGUCAUGUAAAGCGAGUGAGGCACUUUUAAGGCUUUUUAGAAUUGUGAAUAUUACACCCUCGGUUAAGAUUGAUUUCUGCAGCUGUAAAUUUUACACCAUUGUUUAUGUGGGUCUAGUCGAGACUGCUCAAAUAAAACUGUCAGAAACUUUGACGGUCUGAGACAACUGCUGCUGAUGAUUUGUUUAUGGACCGAGUUGAGCUGAUGGAUUGCUUCUUGGGAUUUGACAAGGUUUUUGUUCUACUUGAUUAGAAUGGGAGUUGAAUGUUUAUAGGGAGUAGAUUAUUUGGUAGUGUUUGGAGUUUAUAUGGUCAAAUGGAGAUGGCUGCAUGAGCUCCUAGAUAUGUUGCAAUUUAUUGAUUUGUUACUUGUUGAGUUGUUGGUGGACACUAAACACGAACAUUAUUUUCAUAUCAAGUUAACAAAUACGAAACUAUCUUUUUUUUUUGGAUGAA